AUGUCGUGGGCAGGCCAUGUGGAGCGAACAAACGAUCGUGAUUACGAGGUCGAAGAGAGACGAUUCAAGACCAUGGAGGCUGCUGCCAUGAGGCUACAGAAGGAGUCCAAAGGCUACCUCGACUCGCUACGAGAUGCCUUUUACGGAGACUCUGGCGCGAGAGACGGCGUCAGCAGGAGUUAUAAGCAGGCCGUGGAGGAUCUCGACGCCGAGACGAUCAAGUCACUAGACGGCCCAUACCAGUGCGUGUCUUCAGCACCCACCAUCGAGAAUCUACUGACAGAGCCCUGCCAGAACGACUGUCUUGCAACCUAUUUCCCGAUUCUGUGCUUACUUCCCCGACGUCAACGAAUGUCAGUUGCUGCCGCAUCCAGCAUGUCUCUGCCCCGGCGCUCCCGUCUGCUGACACGUAACAACCUAGGCAUCAAGAAGCGCGGCCACAAGCUGCUCGACUACGACUCGUUGCGCGCAAAGGUGAAGAAGCUCGCCGAGAAGCCGGACAAGGACGUGACCAAGCUGCCGCGCGCCGAGAAGGAGAUGGAAAUGGCCAAGGCGGCUUACGAGCAGCUCAACGAGCAGCUCUCGACCGAGCUGCCGCAGCUCAUCGACCUCCGCGUCCCCUAUCUCGACCCGAGCUUCGAGGCCCUCGUCAAGAUUCAGCUGCGCUUCUGCGCUGAGGCUUACAGCCGCAUGGCCCAGGUGCAGCAGUACCUCGGCGCCGACACGCGGGAGCAGUACGCGCAAGGCCACCUCGACGCAAGGGUCGAGCAGGUCCUGCAGGAGAUUCGCGAGCUGAGCAUCGGCGGGACGGUCUGA